CCUAGGAAAAGAGACAUUCAAAAUAUCACAAAACCAUAUUAAUUUCAAGUGAGUAGUCAACGUGCAACAGCUACUAGAAGCAGUAUCAUGUUCUAUAGGUUUCAGUGAUGUUCAAUAAUUUGUUAAAAAAAAAAAAUCCGAGAAAACACAGUAACAUAUAUCAAUUCCGAAAUAUAUUGGAGGAUGUUUGUGGAGAUUAUUUUAUGAGAAUUGAAUCUAUAUAGGGAAAGGUUUAAUUUCUAUUCGGAUUAUUAGAAAACCGUUUUUUUUUUUUUUUUUUUGAGCUCAUGGGAUUGUCAGCGUAAAAUAAUUACUAAGACAAAAUUCUUCAUUGAUACCUAUGGGGUAGUAAUAUAGUAACAUAUUUUGAUUCAGUAUAAAUCUACCUAUUCGAUGUUUAUUAUUUUUCAGUGUUUUAUUUUUAUUAUUAUUAUUUUUUUGAGCUCUUAUUUAUUGUAAGAUCAUUGUGAAGAAAAAAAUCCUCUGUUAGAUAUUAAAAGUAAAUAUUAAGACAUGAUCUUUCCGAAACGUUUUGUGGCAUCCUCAAGUCGGAUGUGUUUUUUGCGGUGCUGGCUGGAUAUAUAAAACAGAUGGAAUGUAAAAAGUGUUAGACUUGAUUCGACUCUUUCCUCCAACGGAUUAUUAUUAUUAUUAUUAUUAUUCCAACUACUAGUGCUACUACCACCACCACGACUAUUAGGCGGAGUAUAAACAUAUUUGAUAUCGGGAGAAUACGUCAGUUUCAUUUGUAAGAAAUAAUAGCCAGUGGCAGAUCAAUACACCAGAAGACGUAAUGGAUUUGUUAAGUUUUGACAGUUCUCUUCAAGAGACAGAGCAUCGGUUAGCCACGUUCAGUGGACAUGAGGAAUUUCCCAUUGACAUUAGACAAUUGGCUAAAGCCGGAUUUUACAAUACGAACAGAGGGGAUAAAGUGAGGUGCUUUGAUUGCAGUUUAGAAGUUGAUGUUAAAACUUUCAGAGCGUCAGACGACAUCGUCAAGAUCCACAGGGAGAAGAAUCCUAACUGUCCAUUUGCAUGCAAAUUAGCCAUCUCUCAAAGGCUUAGCAUAUACAGGAACAUGACCUUCACCACCUACGACACUUUAAGAUAUGAGGAGCAGCGAUUAGCAACUUUCAUCGACUGGCCACAUGAAUGGUUACAGCCAUCAGAAUUGGCUGCCGAUGGAUUUUAUUAUCUGAGGAAACUUGAUCACUGUGCGUGUGUCUUCUGCAGAGGGAUAGUUGGAGCCUGGGAAACGAGUGACACACCAAGAGGAGAACAUCAGCGCCAUUUUCCCCACUGUCCCUAUAUCAGGGGUCAGCCGGUCGGAAAUGUUCCCAUUAUUCAUGGCGAUGUCUUAGCCAGGUUACCUGCAAUACCUGUCAGUCUGGACGAAUGUGGAUCAUCAAGACAUAUGGCUGGAUCAUACCCUGAAUGCUGGGGUUCUCUAGAGGGAAUUGGUCUCUCCCAACAUUCCGGGCCGAUACGCGAAGAUUACAGAACAGUAAAUAGCAGACUGGAGAGCUAUGUCAACUGGCCCGAAGGUGUUGCUCUGAAUCUACAAGAUCUUGCCGAAGCUGGAUUUUUCUACUGUGGUCUGAGUGAUCAUGUUCGUUGUUUCUGCGGUAAAGGUCUUCGCAAUUGGAUGAAUGGUGACAUACCUUGGAAUGAACACGCUAGAUGGUAUCCUGAAUGCAGAUUUGUCUUACUGAUGAAAGGUCAGGAUUUCAUCAAUAAAAUUCAGCAAGAAUAUCCAACAUACACCCGCAUAGCAAGUACUGUGUAUUCGGGUACCGACAAAGCUCCUUCCGAUAGCAGUAACAGUUCUACGGAGAUGCGAUCCGUAUCCGAUCAGGAUCUGGAUCUAUUGAUGAGUUUGGACAUCGCCAAGGGUGUACUGGGAAUGGGAUUUCCUACAUGUAUAGUUAGGGCUGCUAUCCGAAAUCAUGUUGAACAGACCGGCGAGCCGUAUUUCAGGAUAGAGCCUUGUCUUGUAGAUGUUAUACAGAGAAUGGGCGAUACUCGAGGUGAAACAAUAGAGAAUCAGGUUACAGAUAUCCACUCUGAAAUGACAGAUUAUGAGCCAUCAUUUGGCGAGACUCAUAUUUCAUCUUCAAUUUCUCAACAACAUUCUUCUGUAUUUCCAUCCACAUCUGAAACAACGGAAAAUCAACUUCUGUAUUCCCGUUUACAACAACAAGAAGCUUCUGUACUCUCGGCUACAUUUGGAAUAACAGAGCAACAACAAACUUCUGUACACCCAUCUACAUCUGAAAUGAUGGAGAGUCAGAUCACAAGUGUCCAAUCGAGUAAUUCUGAAAUUACAGAGUUUGAGCCGUCGUCCGGAGAAACUCAUAAGAAAUUAAAAGAAGAACUCGAACGGAUAUGUGACAAUCGCACAUGUAAAGUGUGUAUGGACAAUGAAAUGAGUAUAGUGUUCCUCCCGUGUGCACAUAUGGUUACAUGCGCUUCCUGUGCUGUAUCCCUGAAACAGUGCCCCAUCUGUAGAAGUGAUAUCAGAUAUGCACGUAAACCUAUUAUAUCCUAA